UUUUAUUUCAGCUCACUUAUGGAUCAUUUUUGCCAAUACAACAUGCCAACACUUUAUACCCCUUUUUGUACCAGAUGGUCCCAAAUGAAGCCCAACAGCACAUCGGGGUCGUGCAGUUACUCAAACAUUUUGGAUGGACAUGGAUUGGGCUUGGUGCUGUGGAUGAUGACAAAGGGGACCAGUUUUUGCAGACAAUGGUCCCAAUGCUUGAUGAAAACGGCAUCUGUUAUGCCUUCAUCAUGAGAAUACCAAAAUGGAAUUAUGUGGAUGAGAUUAUAAAAUAUGUUUGGCAACGUGUAGAAUACUAUUCAACUGUCUUCAGGGAGAAAGCCAAUGUGUUUUUUGUAUAUGGAGAACCGCCAUCCUUUCAGGCUUUGAGAGUGCUGUUCUUUGUAGCACCAUUCAUAGAAUUGCCACCUCUUGGAAAAGUCUGGAUUGUUACAUCUCACUGGGAUUUUGCAUCGUUCUCUAUUCAAAAGAACUGGGAUUUGCAAACCUUCCAUGGGUCCAUAUCUUUCACAGUUCACUCAAAUCAGCCUGAGGGUUUUCAAAAGUUCCUUCAGAUGGUAAGACCUUCAUGGUUCAAAAGAGAUGGCUUUAUUCAAGACUUCUGGGAACAGGCUUUUGACUGUUUCCUAACAACGUCCAAGGAGUGGGAAGGAGAGGAGAAUAAAACCUGCACUGGGGAAGAGAAUCUGGAGAGUCUUCCUGGAGGUUUGUUUGAAAUGAAAAUGACUGGCCACAGCUACAAUGUCUACAAUGCUAUCUAUGCUGUGGCACAUGCUCUGAAUGCUAUAUUCCAAUUCAAAUCCAUGCAUAGAAGAUUGGAAGAAGGACGAAAAACGGCAUUUCAGAAUGUGGAACCAUGGCAGGUCCAUUGUUUUCUACGGAGCAUCGUUUUCAACAACAGUGCUGGAGAUAGUGUGCACUUCAGUGAAAAUGCAGAAUUAGUUGUAGGUUUCGAUGUUACAAACUGGAGGAUUUACCCCAAUGGUUCAGUGGUUAGAGCCAAAGUUGGAAAACUGAACCCUCAGGCUCCUUUCGGCAGGGAGUUAACCAUUCAUGAUGAUCAGAUUGAGUGGCAUAAAAGCUUUAAUCAGAUGCUGCCUGUUUCUCUAUGCAAUGACAACUGCUAUCCUGGCUACAGCAGGAAAAAGAAGGAGGGAGAGAAAUUCUGCUGCUAUGAUUGUGUUCCAUGUCCAGAAGGGACCAUCUCUAACCAGAAGGGUAGGAGCAAUACUUUGUUUCCAGAAAAAUAG